CCGGAUCGCACGUCAGAGUGUUCCGACCACCGCCCCUACGUUAAAUAAGAAUACCCCCACUCGAUGCGCUAGUCUCAACGGCAGGCAAAAGAGCAAAAGUAACGGUGAUCGGCUUGAAGACAGGUUGCAGUGGGCGCGUUGUCAGAUGGCAGCGACGAGCAGCGAUGAGGACAGCAACAACCACCGGAUUCCGCGGAUCGCGCUGGCUGAGAUGCCAGACUCGCGGUGGGUGUACAUGUUUCUCAAUGGUGACGAACACUUCGAGCCGCUCAGGACGUUGGUGAACCAGAGGCACUACCGCAGCCUCGAGUCGCUGCUCGAGAAACUCACUGAACGGAUACGGCCCAGCUUCGGCGCCAUCCGAAGCAUCUACACGCCGCGCCAGGGACACCGGGUCUCGUCCAUCGACGACCUGCACGCUAACGAGCGCUACGUGGCCGCUGGAUACGAGAAGUUCCGACACUUGCCACACGGGUUGUGCUUCCCAGAAGGCAAUCCUGUGCUUGACGUGGAGGACCUAAAGCACGGCGGACAUUACGUGGCGUUGCUGCCUCACGAGUCGUUCAAGAAGCCUACUUCAAAGAUACCGAAUAAUUACAUGUAUGACCAAAACAGGCUUACAGUUUUGCUGUACGAGAAAUGUGACCUUGUAUGGUCUACCAUUUUUGAAGAACUAGAAAAGGAGGAACUUUCAAUGCGAACAUACGAAACAUUAGCUCAAGAUACCUCAGGAAAUGCAUCCCAAAGUGCUAUUGCUGAGGCGGAGGACGAAAAUGAAAAUUCAGCCACUGAUCCAAGAGGCCAGAGCCAAGAAGCAGCGAUUGCUAUGAAGGAGGCAUCCACAUCAACCACCGAAGACAAGGAAACGGCCACUACCAUGUCCCUGUACAAUAACCAGGAGCUCGAAGACAGCGCAGUUCAAACGGGCAGCCUUGAAGAAGUGCGGGCGGAAGACAAUGAUCAGGGCGCACAUCAUCAAGACUCCUUAAGCGAGAGCGCGGACCAGCCCAUAACCCAAAAUGAGCCACCUGCCGAAGCUGCCAACGAAGAAAGUGACAAUAACGAAAUUUUGAAUAGCCGUGCUCGCUCUCCAGAACCCAAUAUGUCACCGCCACAGCAAGCAGAUCCCGAGAGCUCUGCGCAGCCAUCUAGAGAAGAUGUGUCAGCGAGUGUUGUGGCCGACACGGCAUCUCCUGCGAUCAAAGAAACUGAUGACGACGACCCAUCCGAAAUAGCGUACGCUACGCCCUUGCAAGAUGCAAAACGUUUGAAAGAUUUAGAGCAGCAUCUACACAGACUGUCUGGUAAUAGCAACCACAAGUUAAAAACGAGCCCGGACAGGACAAGCAAGCCGGAGGAAAGCGAUAACAUCAGCUUGGCGUCGUUGAACAGCUUUUACGAGCACGAACAGCAGUUACUAAGGGCCGAAACCGAAGUGUCAAAGGAAUCGGAAAAAAGAAGUGAGUCCCGCCAUAGCGCCAAAUUCGAAUUUAAUGACACGCCAAAGCAACCGUUGAGUGCCGCAGACAGCACCGCUAACAAAGAAACACCGGCAGCCUACGCAAUAGACAAGUGUGAAGAAUUUUCUGUGGGACAGAGUGCGGCCAGUGAGACGUCAGCUGCCCGGCAACAACCCAUAGCAUCAACUGAAGACCAGUUCAGCAGUGUACAAGGUAAUACAAGCAGUGAGAGGCCACGCCCGGCAGCUCGACGAAAGUCAUCCGGGUCGAUCAACGCAUCGGGCUCUGCGCUUGGAAAUGAGCAGCACGCCCCGCCAGAUUACAGUCCUCUGGCGCAGCGGAGCAUUCGUGUGAGUGAAAGUCGAGCGUCUGUAAACAGCACGUCAUCUGUAACGCGCCGAGACUCUUUGAAUGAUGGUGUCAGCCGGAGAGAGCGGCGGUCCUCAGUUCACGGCAUCGCUUCCCUGGGCCAAAGUCCUGCUGAGAUCAACGGUCGUCCCUCCGGCCUUUCUAAGCAACAUUCAUUGGACGAUGCAGCGAAAAGCAGAAGCUCCGAAAAACGAUCUUCGAAGACAAGUCGGACGCCAUCGCAAGAUCGAACUCAAGGCACAGUAGCCGAGAAGUCGGCCUUAAAGAACUCUUCUGGCAGCAUUUCACAUUCGUCAAGAAAAACAAACGAUGAUGGUAAAAGCUUAACCCACUCGAAAACUUCCAGAAAUGGUACGGAAAGGAAAGCUUCAGGUACCAAAAGCAAGCGACCUGCUGAGGAGGACAGCAAUAACAAGGUUUUGUCGCGGUCAUCAUCUGUAGAGUCUCUCAAGUCUAACAAAGACAGCGGAUACUCGCCUGCUUCUGAAAGGUCCAAGGACAGCACCGAUGCACCGCAGAGGCAAAAAGACGUCAAAGACGCGAGCAGGGCACAGGGCACAGGAAGUUCUUCCAAACGCACUGAAGAUAAGCUGAGUUCACUGUACUACGCAAACUCGCCGCCUCAUUCUCCCAUAAGAACGUACGCUUAUCUUAUACAGGAAAAACCUUCUGCAGCAAGCUACGAUUACCGCGCCCCAGAAGGCGGUCCAAUGAAUCAGACGCUUUACACUGCCACGCCACUGAGGUACUCGUCUGCUACUAAAAAUCAAUGGAAGCCAGACACGUACCCGAUCCUUGAAGAGGAUGACGUCUUCUAUGCCAAAUCUUCCCGAGGAAAGAACGUGGAGGCCUACAGGGAGAUCGAUUUCAAUGAGGACAAUGGAGGUGUUUUCCGAGCGAGGCAAUUCCUUUCCGACACGGGAGGAGCUGUUGAGAUACAGGAGAGCAUGGACACAAAAGUCGAUGUUCCCAUCGACGAUAUGGAAGCUCUUGAAGUGGAGGAGGAGUACCUGCCCCCAGAGCACAUCCGCAUUGAUCGGAGCGCAUCCGGAGGACCGGGUCAUCGCAUCGUAACCUUUCUGCCAAGUGCCGGAAGUGGGAGAAGCAGCUGUGCGACAUCUUCAGACAAGAGGACCAUGACGAGGCACAUCAACCGGGACGACGUGCAGCGCAUGGUCAUCUGACACGACGAGACAUCGGAAGUGGAUGACUAGCAUGGACAGAAAGUACAGACGAACUUGCUUCCGGAUUAUCAAUAGUGAAUGGACUUCCAAAGAGGGAACUGUUGGUGAAAAAUGCCACGAACCACAACCAUGAAGAUGGUGGAACCAGAAAACUUUCGAUAUGUGCUUCUACUGUUUUGUGUUCCUUGCUGUACAAGUUUAGACAGUUGGUGCAACAAUGACAACUGAGAGGUUCACGAGACCACCUACUGCAAAGCACUGAAGUGACAGAUUUUCAUCUCCAACAACACAAGUCCGCACACCGGCAAAAAAGCUGUUGAAGACUAGGAAGGUGCAGUGUCACCUCUCAAGCUUUACCGAACCCAUUAUGGGGACAUUAUGAGUGCCUUGAUUAGGCAAGUUUAAACAAUGAGCGUGCGAAAAUAAAAAAAAAAUCCUGCACCUAGCAAAUCAUAUGAUGAAGAAACAUAACGAUGCUCAUUGUAACAAAGCUACACAUUGCACAAUAAUGAAUAGUGUAUUCUAGCCUGAACAGUCUGGAGUUGAAUGAGGCCAAAGUGCUCACAAACCUUAAGGCUCCUUUAUACCAAAGUUUUCUUUAGCCCAAAGCAAUCUCUUUUAAGAUGAAUAUGUAUAGAACACUGCAGUCGGGUGCAACUUUACAAGAAAGGGGAGGCCCCACCGAAGCGCGACAGCCGAUUGCCUCCGCGAUUAAAAUAGUCCCGCUCAAGAGAACGUGCUUCUAAAACGCGUAAUUCUCGGUAUAAAUAGACUUUUAUAUUUUGUUGAAUGGUUUGGUAGAGCUCGUGAUUGGAAUGCUACAGCACAUGCCAGAUUGCGAGACAAAAAUAACCCUAUGCCUUCUACAAUGCUGCGCAUCAUCUGCAUUUUAGCUUCAUUGCAAGAGACAAAAGUAGAAAGAGCAGCUCUGCGUGGCUUUUGCGCUAGUUUACAUGUAUACAGCACAAUUACUACUCGUUUUCAGAGCUUGAAAUGAAUCAUUUGCUAUUUAACAAGUACUCAAAUAAACAAUACAUAAAUCGAAACCAUUACAAACCUGGGGCGAGAAGAUGAUCGAGGCAGGAAACAUACAAAAAUGCUUCCUUCAUCGUUUUAAAUAGCAUAUGAUUUAUAUGUUUUUGUGUCUUUUCACAAACUUAUAUUCAAGAAUGUGAUAGGUUCUUUUCCUCAUUCCUUCUAACGUUUUUUUUUUUUUUUGCAAGUCUGCAGUCUCGCCAGUUCGCGUAGCGUAGCGUCCGCGAUGCUCGCUACAAUCUUUCGUCGCCGGAUCACGACUCAUAAUAAACACACGCGGCGCAAAUAGUGCACCGGCAUGAUAGACCAGCCCAAACAGUUUGAGAAUUCACUCUGACGAGGGGCAGACGCACGGGACUGACGCGAAUCGGCCCAUAUCGAAGUGAGGGCAGCCAUCUCCUCCAUCGGGGGGGGGGGGGGGGGGGGGGGUCACCGGCCGUCCGGCUCGUGACGUCAGUAUAGAGUGCUCGCGCAUUGGUGGAGGCUCGCGUGCAUUCACCUUGUAGGAGUAAACGCCCCUUUUUUCUAAAGUCGUACCCGACUAUAGAUGCAGGCGCUAUUUGGUAAUGCGUCUGGAAUCAGCGUUUGAAUGUGUGCAUACAUGUGUGUCCGUGUGAAUGCGAAUUAUCUGUACUUUAACAGAGAUGCAAAAGAUAGUAAUCCUUCUUUGUAAUGAAGAGCAGACAACUUUCAUAUGAAUGGUACUUCAAUAAAUGCACUGAAAGGUCUGUAAACACACAGCGAAGUGUACACAAUGAAUUGUUUGUACAAGUGAUUUAGUGUUAUGCACAUAAUAUAUAAUGUUCUUGCAAAAAAACAAGAAGCCUCAUCUCCUCAAGAGAAGAACUCGGGAACAAUAUGUGCUCCUUGUUCCAUGUAUCUUCCAUCAGUUAAUUUCUUAAUGGCGAGAUACAAGUUUCUUUUUACAGUAAAAACUGCACAAGAAAGUUUUCUUUUUUUUGCAACCUGUACUUUGUGCUACAGUUCUUUGCGACUAGUAGUGCAGCCAUGUCAUUUCUGCUCACCCUAUUACAAAUUUAGAUCACAUAAGCUAUGUCGA